AUGGCUUACCUUGAGUUGGGGGAAACUGGCCCCAAACAGACAAAGAUAAAUAUUUCUUCUCCAUGUUUCACCAAGAACAGCGAGUGCCAAAUACAAAAAACAUUUGAAUUCUUCCAAAAUGGAGAAGAAUGGAAGACGCACACUGGUAUUCCUUUCCUCCUGAAAGAAAUAAGAACGAACACGAUUGAGUUAGAGGUAAGAUAAAAGACGUUGUUUGCAUGGCAUGCAAAUGAAAAUACCAAUUCCGAAAACAAAUUUUUUUGUGUUAAACACGCAUAGCAUGGGUAGUACGUAGGUAUGUAUAUAUGCAUGGUGUAUAAAUACAAUUGACGGCUAUUUUGUUCAAAACACCGGGUGUAUAUUUGUUUGACAAAGCAUAUUAGCUUAACCAUGCAUUUCAAAUGAUGCAAUCCUUAGAAUUCAGUCUUCUAUUAUUUGCACUAAUAACAAUCUAGACUUAAACCAAUUUCCCCUGGAUUUGUCCAUAUUUCAAUAGGAAUAUUUCCUCUGUUAGGAAUAUAUGCUAGCUCUGACGAAUUAGUGAAUUGACAAUUGUAACAUUUGUUUAGUAAUAUGUAUUUUGUAUUUUUGCAAUCUCAAACCCUGAGCCUACAAUCCUCUGUGGAGGUUUGCACCGCAGAGGAUUGCAGGCUCAGGGUUCGAGAUUGGUAUUUUCGUAGUUCUUAUAAUAUUGUUAACAAUUUUGUAUUUUAUAUAAUUAUUUUGUAACAUUUUAUAAAUUAUCUAUACGCCCCAUUUCGGGAAAGCAGCUACGGUUGAAGUGGCCAGCGUAGUCAAAUAAAGUUUUAUCCUUUCCUAUCCUACCUUAUUUUUGCUCGGUUAACUCGCACUAUCCGCUAUCUCGUACUUUUUCCUGUUUCCCUUGGCUGUUCGAGAUAGCGGGUUCCAACUGUAUAUAGUAAUAAGUGGUCAUUCAUGUUUUAUUUUAACACUUUUAGAUAAACUCGGCGGAAGACUUUGAUUUCUGGAACGGUUCGCUGUUAAAAAUCACUAUUGCUUGUGAAGGCAAUCGAUGCAUGUCAGGUAACGAAGAACGUUGUGUUCUGUUUAAAGUGGAAAGAUAUGAUGAGGUUUGUAGUAGAUCAAUAUCAGUAUUUGUGAUUUGUCCUUUUGCAUGAUCACCUAUAGAUCACUUCAGACUCAGUGUGUUGUUGUUCAGUGGUAAGAGCCUCAGAUACCUUAUUAUUUGAUAUAUUUAUGUUAUGGUAGAAUUAACGAAGACUUUUACAAUGAAUAUUAAAUUUUUGCAACGGUAUUUAUUAUAAUAAGUCAAAAUGUAAAGAAAUGAAAGAAUAAUGAAAACUUACUCUCGUGAAACUAGGACUUUGAUCAUACUGUGAUAUGGGGGAAACAUACAAUAGGAUGUCAGGGCAGAAAAUGAAUAUUGGACAUAUUAAAAAAUGGGGUAGGAAAUACUAAUUACUCGCUGGGGCACCUGUGCCCCAGACGAGUAUAGGUUUCGGCAUGCAAUUUUUUUGGAUCGUCGAUAGCCACAAAAUAGAAUAUUUGAUGAGCUGCCUAAUUUUCCCUCCAAUUAUCCAUAAGGUUCCUGCCAAUUUUACCCAAAUUAUCCAUAAAUAACCCUGCAUUUUGAGGAAAAUUCGGGAAAAUGGAACAAUUUUACAAGGAAUUUCGACAUGGAAACAGCAACCUUCGCAAAUCGCAACUCGCAAGUUAUGUUUGGCUGCGCUGCUUUAUAUUUUGAGAAGAAAGCGACACCGUUCGAUUCAGCGUAAGAAAUGUGUAUUACACCAGUAUUCCAGUACACCAGUAUUCUAGCGAUUUAUGGCCUUUGAAAAUCAAGCGAAAUUGUAUUGUUGACAAAUCGCUCGCAGUACGUAUUGUUGACAAAUCACUUGCACUAGGUUUGUCCUUGUAUUUGUAAUGCCUAAUGGCGCAAUAAGAAUAAAAAUACCACCGUUCGAUCAUCUGUGGUUCGAGUUCAGCGUAAGAAAUUGUACUUACGGAUUUCAAAUGUAUUACUAAGCACCAGUAUUCUAGCGAUUUAUGGCCUUUGAAAAUCAAGCGAAAUUGUAUUGUUGACAAAUCGCUCGCAGUACGUAUUGUUGACAAAUCACCAAAUCACUCGCAGUACGUUUGUCAGUCCUUGUAUUUGUAAUGCCUAAUGGCGCAAUAAGGAUAAAAAUACCACCGUUCGUUGUCAAAUGUAUUACUAAACACCAGUAUUCUAGCGAUUUAUGGCCUUUGUCUUUGAAAGCCAAGCGAAAUUGUAUUGUUGACAAAUCGCUCAAAAUUAUUAUUUUUAUUAUUAUUAUGAACUAUAUUUCAACACGGUACAAUUUCACCUAUACUAAAAUUAAUUAUGUACAAGAUAUACAAAGAAAAAAGGUGAUCUUCCAACCGGCCCGUGCUCACACAAACAGAAAUAAUUACAAGAAAAUUAUUUUAGGUAGAUGGAAACAAUGGCAGGAUUACUUGAUGUUAAUUUGCAUGCUUCAAGUUAGACUUAAAAUUAGUAAUAGUUGUUGAUGCUUUUACCGUUGCAGGAAGGCAGUUCCAGACUUCCGCACCUCUGUAGGAGAAUGCAUUUUUCAUACUAUUUGUUUUUGGUUUAGGCAAUGUCAAAUCGGCUCCCGAAUUAAUUAUAUAAAAAUGCAGGACGUUUGAUCCUUGAUAACUUUGGUAUCAUUGGUUUUCUCUUUGGUAUCAUUGGUUUUCUCUUUGUGAUCAUUUGGUAUCAUUUGUUUUCUCUUUGGUUUCAACUUUGGUAUCAUUGGUUUUCUCUUUUUCAGCCGUAUACCAGUGGAUUCGUCUCACUUCUCUCUUCAUUUUGAUCAGUAUUCGGAGCCCAAAAGCCCCCAAAUAUUUUAUUUUGAACGUUUUAAAGCGCAGUUUAAUCCUAGCGUACGCACCAACUGGCGAUUUUAGUACUGUGUUAAGCCUUUCGCGCUCGUAUUCGACUUUUCCUCUUAGCUCGGGGAAAACCUUUUAAGGUUAAUUAAAAAAAAAUAAUAAUAAUAAUUGAACUGUAUGUACUGUAUGUAUCAUGUACAGUAAUAUGCGUAUUUGUAUAGCCCCAGCGAGUCAACGCUCCGUAGAGCGUCUUGUUUUAAUUAAAAAACGAGGAAGCAGCCUCAUGUGCUUUUAGACCUGAUAAAAUUAACAUGUGAUGCGUGAAACCAUAAAAGAGACUUCCACGAACAUUGAUCGACUUAACCUGAGAUCAAGCUCUAUUAAACAGAGCCUGACACAAACCUUAAUCCGAUCGCUUUCGACCCACAGCAAAGUUGAUAUAUACCAUAGUAUCUAAUCAAAAUGUUGCAGGAGAAAUUUAAAUUUCACACAACGACAACAACAAUCUAAUUAGUAUAGAAAGAGAAAUUACAAAGAGAAAUUCAGCUCCGAGCGGAAAAUUCCGCCUAGUGGAAAGCGGCCUUUAUAGCGAACAUUCCACUGGCAAAGUAUUCCUGGCUUUGUUAUAUCACAUUAUACAACGCUAACAGCUUGAAAAUUCCACUCAACAGUGUAAGUUUUGUUAGUACUAGUCUUGUUUAGAAAGGCUUUUCCAUUUAAAAAUAAAGACAACAGCCAUAUUUUCCACGCGAAGUCAACUUUUACUUUACGUAGCGCGGCGCCAUGUUUGUUUUGUUUUGAAGCAAUCUGUGACCGUUACUUCUUUAAACUAAACUGCUUUAAACUGAUUGCUUGAUUUUAUCAUCACAAUGUUUUUUCACCAAUCAGAUCAGUUUGUUACAGAUUUUUGCACUGUGAUUACAGAAAAUUGCACUGUGAUUACAAAAAAUUGCACUGCUGUUUGGGAUUAACUGCACUGAAAUCAACCAAUCACAGUCGAGUAAUAUUUUUAUGUAUAUUAUUAUAGUCGUGAUCACUACAAAAUAUAUCAAUAACAACAGUAUAAUCUAAUUAGCACCAACCAAUCAAAUGACAGAUUAAAUAUUAUCAUAUUGGUUUAUAGACCAAUCAGAUUUACAACCGAAAUACGGUUGUAAGGCAUGGACUUUUGUUAAGGUUUGUAUCAGGCCAAUUUGUUUAUUUAUAGGCCUGAUCGCAGGUUAUGCAUGAUACCUUACAUUACGAUCGGGCAGACCAAAGGGAGGUAUAGAAUUUUAGAGUCCUUUUCGUAUGAAUUAGCAAGGUUGACAAGCACUAAUCUAGAAUUUGACUGUCUCUUGUUAGUUUAACAACGGCUUUAGUUUAAAUUGAGAAAGGACACGUGCGACAUUUAAACAAUUGUAAUCGCUACACGGCAUAAUACCACAGGCAUGAUAUUAUAAAGAGCCUUUAAUGGUGCUGAGCGUGGCGGAUAAUACUCAAACAUAGAAUUGUUGUCGAAACGUGGGAUGACAGAUAGAGGCAACAAUAAGACCCCGGAGCGAUCUCUUUGGUUUAUGCCAGUGAACCACAUACUGCCUCAAAUUCCUGGCUGUGUAAAUGACCAAAAUGACGAAAAUUCGGUUAAACUGAAUCAAACCGGCCAAAUCCCCCCGUGCAUCCUGGUACUUCUGUUUCUUGAGAUAAAAAAGUAGACGUCCGUAUCUAAUCCUGCAGGCUGCAGCCAAGUUUCAGUGAAGCAACUUAUGUAUCAUGCAGUUUUAGAUCCAAGAACGCGCAACGAACUUCAUCAAUCUUAGGCGCUAAUGACAUAGCAUAUUAGACAACAUAAUUGCAGAGGGUAAAAAAAUUUAGUAAUAUAUUUUGAAAUAAUAUGGCCAGAAGGUCGAUGGUAGGGAACAGAAGUGAGAAGUUAGAUGGAUUACUUACUACGUUUAGUAGUGAACAAUUCUAGAUGUCUGAGUCAAUCUUGUUUGUCAGUAUGCAAAAUCCAGCCAAAAUCCCUAUAAUGCUCAUUGUCCAUUCUUUGCCGAAUAUAUCUACUCUUUCUAGGAAUAUUUCUUUUUCUUUCAAGCAGUGAAGAUGACGAGUAAUGAUCGUUGGGGUGCCGUGAUUCUGACACAGAUUUUGGGGGGUUUUUUGCCAACUUUAUCUUUGUUGAUCCACUUGAGCUUUCUUUGUUCCAUUUUGGUCCCGCGGGGCUUUCGUGCAUGCGUAGAAUCGUUACACGCGGUUGCUGCGAAAUCAUUAUUACGCUUCCAUUCGUUCAGCUGAUUUCAUUGGGUGUUAGCUCUUCAGCAGUGUUCGAUUUGAUUCGACUCUAGUAUGGUCACGUGAAGAUUACAAACUAGACGUGAGUCACGUCUAGCUUGAAAUCUUCAACAUCAGCAGAAACGUCUUUUAGUCCAGCGGAAAAGUAAUAAAUCAUGCACUUUGUGAAGAAAGCACCCAAUUCACAAGAAGUGUAGACUUUAACAUGAUAAUGAAUCUUAGAUAUGGAGGCAUCACCAAAAUUGAUGCUGACGGCUUAAAAUUUAGGAUUUCUUAUAUUCUCUUAUUAAUUAAACUCUAUUACUGUUUAAAAUUGUGAAAUUGCAGGUUCACAAAUAGCAAAAAUGACUUGCAUGAUUAGAAAGCUUACAAAAAACUACAUAUAAGACUUUUAAACGGCUGAUUGAUUUUCCAAGCGGUUCUCCAGUUAAAAACGUGAUAAAUUGGCAAAAAUCCCGCCAAAGUCCUGGACACUAGCCCUAAAACAUAUUUUCAACCGCUCAUAACUCCAGAGGAGUUGGAAAAUCAAAGUAACUGCAUGCUUAAAUGUCUUAUAUGCAGUUUUUUGUAAGCUUUCUAAUGACGCAUGUCAUUUUUGCUAUAUGUGAACCUGCAAUUUCUCAAUUUUUAAUUGUAUAAGAGAUUAAUAAGAGAAUAUAAGAAAUCCUAAAUUUUAAGCCGUCAGCAUCAAUUUUGGUGAUGCCUCCAUAUCUAAGAUUCAUUAUCAUGUUAAAGUCUACACUUCCUGUGAAUUUGGUGCUUUCUUCACAAAGUGCAUGAUUUUCUCAAAUAUCUGUGCAUAUCCGCUGGACCAUUUGUGAAACUUCCUCUUUCAAAUAUGCAAAAUUAGCAUAUAAUGAUGUUGAGCACGAGUACAGGCACACCAAACUGACCGGCUAUUCUUUUCUCCGUUCAUGAUGGAGCAAAACCUGUUUGUAUUUGGCUUCGGUGCCUCCGAUUUUAAGAUAUUUCUUAUUUUUCUACCACGAUAUUAUACCUGUAACUGAUGCACUUUUUUGUCUAAUUAUGUUUCAGAUUGUAAUACCUGUAGCUCGAGUUGCGAUCAGAAAGGACAACGACAACAAAUUAAUGGAUUUUGAUAUUUUGGGAUUUGGUAAAAAUUUAGUGAGCAAAGAUCGGGACAAUACACGAGCUAGUGCAUGGUUUCGUCGACGACGUAGGAAAUCACCACCUACCACACAAUCUACCACACAAUCUACCACACGACAUACCACGCGAUCUACCACACGACCAUCUACCACACGACUAUCUACCACACAAUCUACCACACGACCACCCACCACACAAUCUACCACACGACCACCUACUACACGAUCUACCACACAACCACCUUCCACACAAUCUAUCAGACGACCACCUACUACACGAUCUACCACGCAACCACCUAUCACACGAUCUACCACACGACCACCUACUAUACGAUCUACCACACAACCUAGAGGGCCUACCAGAGCGGUUAGAACUACACUAACUAGCCAAUCACCACCCCCAACGACUUCCACUACAGAAAAUUCAAAGAAAGGUAAAAAAAUAAAACAUCUAAGUCUGCUGGAAAAAAUUCCAUUGCUAUUGCUGUUACCGUUACUCUUCUUCUAGUAGCCUUGGCACUGGCAUUGGGGUAUUUGGUGUACCAUAGAAGACGAAAAAGGUAAAAUUUAAACACUUUUUCUUUUAACAUUUAAACACUUCUUCUUACAAAAAUUAUUCCGGCGAUAAAGGUCAUAGGUUAGUUGGAUAAGAUACAAAUCAAAACAGAAAAUUACGGUUGCCAUAAAUUUUUUUUAAUUAGACACAAAACAAUCGACUCUCGGUAAAUUGUAACAUUUUAAUUCUCGACGUUAUGACUAUAUAUUUACACUCAUCUUCAGGAGAAGGUCAGGCUUUUGAAUGGACCCUUAUAAAAUAUGUGUGGAUAAACAGUUGGCUUUUUUAAAAAGAGUGGCAUUCUCGUGAAGAUGACUGUUAAGGAUUAAAAUGUUAACAAUUUGUCUUGCGUUUAAUUGAAACAGAAAACUACUAAAACUGUAUAUUUUCUAGCUUUAUGAAGAAUGUAGCACUCCAAAAAACCUCAUACAAAACAUAAAACGUUUCUCUAUCCCAUUUUUUCUUUUGGCAAUCUCUUGACUGAGCGGAAAUUCCUACGUCCUUUUAACUUCGCCUUUCUUCAAGAUUGAGUAAUUCAGGUUUGCUAUCCUAUGGCAGUAAUUAAUGGUUGGAUAUUUGUGAUGUAGUGUAUAAUUUGAGAUUGAGGGGAAAAUCUUUCUCGUAUUUCAGGACACAACUACCACAGAACAACUAUAAUGGUAAGAAUCAUAGACACAUUAUUCUGUUGAAGUAAAAUCUUCGCUUAUCUAGUCCAGGAGAAUGAGAAGUAGAAAUGGUUUACUGAGAUGCAGCAGUGAUCCAAUGAAAAAAUUAAGGAGUACAUGUUCUACACAAUGGUUAAUAAACUUUCACUCAACUCAUAAACCAUGCAUAAAUGCAGAAUAUAUCCUCAUAUUUUAGAUCUUGGUGUUAUGAACAAUUCCAAGGAUAUUUACGAAGAUCCAGAUCGGAGCUACGAAACACUAAAGGAGGACAGAAAUGAAGUAUCGCCAAGCCAACCAGGAAUAUCCUCUGACACCUAUAGCUAUCCAGAUAGUAAUAUUAUCCCAAAUCCAACAUCAUCCGAACAAGAAUACACCUAUGCCAAAGAUACAGAUUUUCACAAAUCUAGUGUAAAUACAAAGGCAACAUCCGAGAAACCAAUAAGUAAUGGUGUAGUGUACCAAACAUUAGAACAGCCAGAACAACCAACUGUUGAUGACUUCUAUAACUACCCGGAUAAUACCAACACCGCUAAGCCGUCAGUAUCAUCUGAACAGGAGUAUACUUAUGCCAAAGAUACAGAUGUGCCCAGAGACAAUCCAAAUACGAAGGUAUCGACUCAGUAUCCUGCAAAUAGAGCUGUGUAUCAUACAUUGGAACAGCCAGAACAACCGAGUGAUGAUGACUUUUAUCACUACCCUGAUAACACCAACAUCACCAAAACACCAUCAUCUGAAUUGGAAUAUACCUAUGCGAAGGACACCGAUUUUCCGAGAGGAAAUACAAAUACAAAGGUAACGACUCAGGAUCCUGCAAAUAGAGCUGUGCAUCAUACAUUGGAACAGCCAGAACAACCGAGUGAUGAUGACUUUUAUCACUACCCUGAUAACACCAACAUCACCAAACCACCAUCAUCAGAAUUGGAGUAUACAUAUGCCAAAGAUACCGAGAUUCCGAAAUCUUUUGUAAAUACGAAGACGGUGCCCAAGGGAGAUAGUUCUCCAGCUGCCACUGAUGCAUUAUACGAUACCCCAGGAUCAGAGUACAGCUAUGUAAAGAAUACCGAUAUCCUUUCAAUUCCGCUGGGAACAGAGCAAACGACCAACGAGCAUUCUUCUCCUCUUCCUGACAACAGCGGACUGUAUCAUACACUAGAAGAACCAAAUUCACCUCAAGCACCUGUUUAUUCAACUUUGGAAGGACCAGAAGAUGUAGAAAACCACAAGCAGGUGAGAUUAUUUAUAAACUCUAAAUUUCUCCACAUUUCUGCAGGGAAUUUUUUCCUGUGCAGUGUCUACUAAAAAAAGUACAUGUGAUACACCUUUUAUAAGAAAAAUGUAUACUCAUGGGAAAUACGUAUACUCCCUGAAUUGAAGUAUUAAUAAAAGUGCUUAAGAAUCUUAUACUAAGAUAUAUCAUGGCGAUAUUAGGUAAAUGAUUCGUAAUGAAUUGUACGAGUAAAUCGACUCUAGGUGUCUGUACAACAACUAACGAGUCCCGACGUUAACAGCAUGCUAGUAAUAUCAGGUAGCAAGGAGGGUGACACACACUGAAAAAUUAUCUAUGGACUAUCAACACUAUCGGCCAUCCAGUCAAAUGAGAUAGAACACAGCUGAGACAAUCACUUUAGACCUCAUUAUAAGAUUUGAGAUUUUUUGAGACACAUACAAGAACCUUAUCAUUUAUGUUUCGUAUACAGGUAAAUGACGAAGGAUUAAAUUUCAGUGACCACACGUAUAUUGAUGUUAUUGGAGCUUCCAACACCACAGAUUCCCGAAAUUGA